AUGAUUGAAAAAAGUAUUAACCAAAACGAUUACCAAUGGCAAUCAAAUCUUGAACUCUCACUCCGUCUACCGUCUCCUCCGCCACUUGAAUCUCCUCCUCCUCCUCCACCGUAUCCUCCGCCACUUGAAUCUCCUCCUCCUCCUUCGCCACUUGAAUAUCCACUACUGUCCACAACUACGUCACUCUCACCACGGAAAACUCCAAACGAAUCUGAGGAGAUCCCAACUCAACACAACAAUGAAACUUCAAACCACCAACAACAACCAAUGGAGAUAGUCGAACCACAACCAAGACCAAGACGACGUAGAACGAGAGCGGACAUGACAAGAAUUGAGCCACCGUAUCCAUGGUCAACAGACCGACGAGCGGUAAUCCACGAACUCAAGUACCUUCAAUCAAACAACAUUGUCACAAUCAAGGGGGAAGUAAAAUGCAAAAAAUGUGAGCAAAAGUAUGAGAUGGAAUAUGAUCUGAUGAAUAAGUUCAAUGAAAUAGCAAGAUUUAUUGAAUACGAAAAAGAUAGUAUGCAUGAUAGAGCUCCAAAAUGUUGGACAAAACCUAUUUUGCCAAAUUGCAAUUUGUGCAAUAAAGAAAGAUGUGUGGAGCCAGUGAUAUCUGAAGAAGAUUAUACUAAAAUCAAUUGGCUGUUCUUGCUCUUGGGAAAAUUUCUGGGUUGUUUGAAGCUUAAACAACUCAAAUAUUUUUGUGCUCAAACAAAUAUUCAUCGAACUGGGGCCAAGAAUCGUCUUCUUUAUCUCAUUUAUCUCACUUUGUGUUACCAACUUCAACCCUCCAAUGAACUCUUCACAAUUAGUUGA